GCCCGAAUUACCUGUACAAGAAUGAACGUUUUCCGUUUGGUAAACUUCGGCCUAGUGGCAUUUUCGUGUGUGGCGUUAUUGUUUGAUUGUGUAGGCUAUAUUUGCCCAGGGUGGUGGGUCGUGUCUUUGUCGAAAUACCGUGAGCAAGAGCGGAUACCAGCUGAAUCGAUGCAGGACCAGAAUUUCACAGAAGGAAUGGUGCAGUCUGGCCAGCUCCAUCAACUUUCGCGCCGUGCAGCGCCAAAACGUAGUACCACGAAACCUGAAAGAACGCGGCGGCCAGUGGGCCGCCGUUCUACACUUGCAGGCUUACCUGCACGGUUACCUGGCGUAAAAAAGGACCCAUUGGCUCCACGCAAACAAAAACCUACCACCAGUUCGGUCACCAAGCGCGCUUGGACCGAGUACCAUAGAAUCGACUCCACCAAGCUCCCAGAAAACGGCCGGACCGAGCGCCCUGGAAUCCAGCGCUAUACACCUGCAUUGUUGGCUGGUGGCCGACCAGCCAAUAUGGCGCCUUGGAAUCCUAAUAACAGCGUCGCCAAGGGCCCUGGUAGUUUUCAACUACCAAACAACCUAAGCUCUUUUGGAAACAAUUCAUUCCUUUCGCCUCAGCUUCGUGCGCCAAAUCGUUCUUUUGAAGUUUCGAGAAGCUCGACCCCGGUCACAGGACCGUCCAAAAACCUUUCAAUCCUUUCUGAGGGACAGAGACGCGCGACAGUGCUACCGCGACAACAUGUCACAUCGCUCGGAAAUGAUGAAAUGUUGCAAAUAUGGCAGAAACUCAGACAACAAUACUCUCAAAGCAUUUCAUCAAAGGGUAAUGCUAGCUUCUGGGAGUGGGUUGAAAGCACUCCACACUCCAAUGUUUCUGACGCGCUUCUGGAACAAGCGAAGGAAUGGCUGCAGUCUCACCCGGCCGCCAUGGCAGGAUGGUCUCCAACAGCAAAAGCCCGCAGCACCAUCUCCCGGGGCGUCCAUUCCUCAGUGCUGGAAGCGGAAAUGGAGCAGCAGGGGAAGGUGAACUUCAACGUGGGGCUGUGGUAUGGCAGGAUGUGCAUACAGAACGUGUGUGGAAGCUACGGCGUAACACAGCUUGCACACCCCGCUAUGAUGUCCACGUGGCACGACCUGCGCAUCGAGGCAUCGAUGGCCGUCAUUUUCGCCCUCGUCGGAACUGCUGGCACGCUCAUCACUGUCAGACCGUCUGUGCUACGCGGUCACCAAACUGCGACUUCCGUGGUGGGCGCAGGGGGAAUGGCCCUUUCAGGGGUGAUGUACCUAGUGGCGAUUGCCCGUAUCAGCAGCCACUACUCCAUGCUCACGGAAACAUUCGCUGACGUGUACAUGUCUCAUGACGUGGGGACACCGUGGGCUGCCAUCAUUUCCGGUAUGGGAGCGUGUUGCGCGCUGGUGACGGCCGUGCUUAUGGGCGUGCGAGUAUGGGCCAUUCGCAAUGGACGUUGGGAGAAAAUGGCGGAUGAAACCUCCGUGAUUUACCAGAAGGACAGCAUCAGCCUGGCGGAGGAUAGAAAAGAGGUGAAGGGCAUGGAGAACGCCGAGUACGACAACGCUGGCUGUGAGGCGUAAGAAUUUUAUGUAUGAUGGCUGCUUUAUAUGACAUAGCAAGCAGUAUCCUGUGGUAAUGAUGGUUCGAAAUAUAACUAUAUAUGUUGCCUGUGUCGGUUGAGACGGAUUUACACGUGCGGAACUCCUCGGCCAUUUUCCAUGGAAAACAACCUCGGAUGUAUAAUUAUGGAUGCUUUACAAUGUCAGAAAUCUUAACAGUUUAACUACGCUGCGAGUAGAUCGCGUAGUAAUUUCAAUUUAGCAGUUUAACUGUUUGACUUUACCGUCAUGGGGAUCUUAAUUAUUUAUGCAAAUUAUACACUUCUCUGGCAAUCAAUUUAAACUUAGAAAUAGAAAUACAGGUUAAAACACUUCUACUAAUGAAUACUGUUAUGAACUAUUUAAACCGAUGUACCGGCAUACAUCCGAUGUUGGUUUCGAUGGAAAAUCAGUGGCCGAGAAUUCCGAAUGGGAUUUACAAAGUUGUAAUGUCAGUGUAUAUAUUUGACCUCGAGAUCUUAGCUGUUGACUGCUGCCGAGAAAUCUUAAUGAAAGUCAUUCGGAACUCCUCGGCCAUUUUUUCAAAAACAACCUCGGAUGUAUAUGGACGGUUUACAUACUUAAAAAGUGGUACGUUUAAGUCCGCUGCAAAUAGAUCGCGUAAUCUUAUUUAGUAGUUAAAAUUUAUGACUUAACUCUUGGGAAUCGUAAUUAUGUUUGCAAUAAUACACUUCACUGGCAAUCAAUUUAAACUGAGAGCAAUGAAUACAACUCUUAAACACUACAUUUAAUUAAUGAUUUUAUUCAAAAAAAAUACGGACUACUUCAACAGAUGUACCGGCAUACAUCCGAGGUUGUUUUUGAAAAAAUGGCCGAGGAGUUCCGAAUGAAUGAAAGUGAAUACCAAUUACAUCCGUGAUUCUAGGAAAACAUUGAAUGGAAACGAAUGGAUCAGAGAACUCACCACACAGCCUUCUUUUUAUAAGAGAAAGAUAAAGGCGAGUUUCAUAACUACUGCAAUUUUCUACAAGUUAAUAAUGUUCUUUAUAUCAUAUAAUGUUAAUGUGUUAUGUUUUUGUUUUAUAUUA